CCAUAGCAGCACUCCUCGUCAGUAAGGAAGCCAACGAACCUACUCGGCGUGUGAAGGAGGUCCUUCGCGAAACCAGAGGGGACACUCGUUCGUUUAUUUUGGGAUCUUAAACCGAGAAGGAUUAUCAUUCUAACAUGGUGGUGGUAACAGCAGCAGCCGGGGGGGGGCACAAGUUGCUCCUGAUCUCCGGGAAGCAGAGCGGCGGCUCCUCGUCGGCGAACUUCGGCCGGCCCAUUUCGGUAGUCCUGCCGUCCGCCUCCAGCCAGGCGUCGUCGGACUCCGAGUCGAGCAGCUCCGCGGGGCCGCCGGUGCGGAAAAGGCAGCGGCUUACACACUUGAGUCCCGAGGAGAAAGCACUUCGAAGGAAACUGAAGAACAGAGUUGCAGCCCAGACCGCCAGGGACAGGAAAAAGGCCAAAAUGGGGGAACUGGAACAGCAGGUCUUGGAGUUGGAGCUUGAGAACCAGAAACUUCACAUUGAGAACAGGCUGCUCCGGGAAAAGACCAGCGGCUUGCUGAGCGAAAACGAGGAACUGAAGCAGAGACUUGGGUUGCACACCCUUGAAUCCAAGGAGAAGGUUCAGGUGUUUGUGUCCGCCGGGAACGACGCAGGUUUGGGAAUCGGGUCUUCUGAGUCCGCAGCACUCAGGCUACGUGUGUCCGCAGCAGGUGCAGGCCCAGCAGUUCCCAAGUCUGAAGACCUCCCAAUGGAUGCAGAUGGCCCUGACGCUACAGACCAUGAGUCUGAUCUGCUCCUGGGCAUUCUGGACAUCCUCGACCCGGAGCUCUUCCUCAAGACCUGCGAGCAGGAGUGCCAAGACCCGCGGGUGCUGCUGGUCGGAGGGGGGGACCCAGUACCUGCCGCCACACCUGCACCUCUGGGGGCCCCACCAGUCAAGCUGGAGGCCCUUAAUGGGCUGAUCCAUUUUGACCACCUCUACACAAAGCCGGCGGAGGUGGCCGGCGAGGAGAGCGACCACGAAGACGGGAUGGCUUCCUUCCCUGUGGCCGAGGUGGUGGUGGAGGAGGACGAGCGCGUCUGCGUGAAAGAUGAGCCGGAGGAAGUGGUCAUCCCCGGCCGGAUGGAUGACGACUUCCUCUGCGCCGCCUCCUCGCCCGCCCUCGGCGGCCUGGACAAGGAAGCCUGCCUGGCAGACACCUACAGCGACUCGGGAUAUGAAGGCUCCCCCUCCCCCUUCAGCGACAUGUCAUCGCCACUGUGCUCCGAGAGCCCGUGGGACGACAUGUUCGCCAACGAACUCUUUCCCCAACUCAUUAGUGUCUGAACCCCCAAACAAUCUGCCAUUUAAAAACUAUAUAUACAUGUAAGAGCUAACAUGUAGCGCCUAGCUAACUGGUCAGUGGCACCUGCUCGUAUUUGCUAGCUAACCACGUGAUCUCUGACUACAGCAGGUCUGUAACUGCUAGCCACGCCGCAAUGCAUCAUGGCAGAUGUGAGUUUGCAAUGUUGCUUUAUUACUGCCGAGGAUUUGAUUGCUCACAAAUGUUUUGUUGGCGCAAUCCGGUGUUUCAGUCAAUUGUAAAUGGGGGAGGGGUGAUCAUUUAAAUAUGAAAUAGUAUUUAUUUGUAUUCUGCUUCUAGGUCGCUCCAUGUCCGCACCUUCUAUACGUUGCCUGCUCUCCUUGUCUAAUUUACUGCAUUAAAAAAACUUUUGCAUUGCA